CUGUUUGCCAUCUGUACACUGCUGUUCUUCUACCACCUCGUCCCGCGCUUCACACCGACAAUCGAUGCUAUGGUUGCACACAUGCUGCCCUCACACUCGACUUCUGACGCGGCGUUCUGCACAAAAGAUGUCGGCGGCGCACAUUGCUGCGGGUUGUAUCUCGCUGCCGCACCGUGCGUGGAUCAAUGUCGCAAGGAACAUGUUGACCGGGUUACGUUGAGUUUGACGCAGGAGUAUGACGAGUGUGCGGAUGUGUGUAUGGCGGGGUAUGAGGAGGGGUGUGGAAAG